AUGAGAUUGAUAAGUGCAUUUUUCAAUCCAAUUGAUGAUUGUGAUGAAGUUUUCAAUUUUUAUGAACCUUUACACAAAUUAAUGUAUGGAAAUGGUUUUCAAACAUGGGAAUAUUCACCUUUAUUUGCACUUCGUUCUUAUGCUUAUAUUCUUCUUCAUUGGUUACCGAUUUCUUUUAUUCCUAUUAGUUUUAAAUUGAUCUCAUUCUAUACUCUUCGUGUUUGUCUUGCUAUUGUUUGUGCAACAUGUGAAGCUUUCUUUUUUCGUGCAAUUGAUAAACAAUUGAAUAACUCUAUAGCUCGUACAUAUGUCUUAUUAUCAAUAUUAAAUGUGGCUUUAUUUCGAAGUAGUAGUGCUUUUAUUAAUAAUUCAUUUUCAAUGUAUACGGUUUUGUUUGCUUAUACAUGUUGGUUUUCUAAUGCAUUAUCAUUGUCAGUUUUCUUUAUUGCUUUUGGAUCAUUAUGUGGAUGGAUUUAUGUUGCUGUACUUGGUAUUCCAAUAGCUAUUGAUAUAGUAUUUCGUCGUCAACGUUAUAUUGAUUUUAUAAAAUGGAGUAUCAUAUCUGGUUUAAUAACAUUAAUUCCGUUAACUUUAAUUGAUUCAUAUUAUUAUGGAAAAUUAGUAAUAACACCAUUAAAUCAUAUUCGUUAUAAUUUAUUAUCAAAACAUGGUCCAACUCUUUAUGGUACUGAACCAUGGACAUAUUAUAUUAUAAAUGGUUUACUUAAUUUUAAUAUUAUUUAUCCAUUAGCAAUACUUGGAAAUAUUUUUAAAGUUUUUAUUGAUAUUUUUCUUAAUUGA